GAUUUUGAUUAAUUAAAAUUUUUAACGAAUUCCGGUUGCGGUUGAUGCUGGCAUUCCUAAAUGAAUGGGUUUGAUUCAUAAAACAUCUAUACACAAGUGUAAUAUAACUCCUAUUGUAUUACAUGAGUGAUUCAUGUUAUUCAUUCAUUCAUUCGCUUUUUGUCUUCAUUCAUAUGGGUUAGGCAUUCACACACAUACAAUUUGGUUUAAGACGAUCGACAUCGACAAGUGGAAAUUCGUUUACGUUUUCGUUGUUGACACGGGUUACAUAGUUACGAUAGAUUUGUUGUUUACAUUUUCCAUUUUUUUCACCUAAAUAACUCAAUAAAUGUGUUGAUUUCAAAUUAUCUAAUCGAAUUGUGAUCAGUAACAUUGUCAAUCGUAAAUAUUUUAACUCAUCGGAAUGCAUUACGCAAAGAAACCACCGUCGUCACGAUCCACACAUUCCGUCUAUUCUCAUGUAUCAACACGGUCUUCGAAUAACAUACAGUCACAAAGGUCUAGAUCGACGAGAUCACUAAAGUCAGUACAACCGAAAUGGUAUCAGAAACCAAUUAUCAAAAAUUCUGACUGGAUAAAUGUGCAAAGAGGUGCUAUGUGGACUGGAGUGUCUUCACUGUUCAUUGCUCUCUUCACCAUAGCAACGGCCGUUUUUGAUAUAUACUGCUUAGCUAUGGCAGCUCCCGGCACAACUCACUACGGAUAUUAUUUUAUCUCAUAUCAAUUCGUGUAUGUCGGAAAUGUUCAUGUUCGUAAUACCCUUAUAGUGUUUGCGAUGUUUUCAUUGCUGGGCGCAAUGGUCGUGACCGUAACAUCAACGAUAAUAAUAAUGGCUCUACGGAAGCAUACAAUAACUAGUAAGGAUAACGUUAAGACUAAGGAACAUGAGCACAAGUUUGUACCUUGGCUAUGGACAUAUGCGAUUUUCAUUGGCUUCCGUUUGUUUGCAUUUAUAUUCUUUGCUGUUGUCAACGAUCUUAUAUUUGCGUACAACAUUCUGAUUGUGUUGGCUUGGAGCGUGUUUUGCGUUGGCUCCAUAUACGGAUGGUUGUUGGUAUAUUCGCUAUACCUGGAACUUGCAAAUUUAACGAAAUUGGAGGAUUUGGCGUACUUAAGAAUGGGCACCAUGGCGUCGUUGCAUGCAUCUACCACACAUUCGCUGAUGGGUUCGAGACCAAUGACACCACAUACCACUACGGCAUCUACAUUGCAAAUGCAUUCCAUAAUUAAUUAAAAAUUAAUUUCGAAA